AUGGAUGAACCGCCUGCCGGAGGCGCAGGGACUUCAGCUCCCAAGUCUUCGAGGAAGAGGAGACACUCAUAUACGCGUGUUGCAUGUGAUGAAUGCCAGCGACGCAAGACAAAAUGCAGCGGAGAGAGGCCUUGCAAAGCCUGCAAAGAGAGCAACCAUGCCUGCCUCUAUGACCGCACGACACGGUUUCGAGCUCGCAAUCGCACCUCGAACACUACGGAAAGUCAAGGCUCCGCUGCGACUACGCAGAUUCAGGGUUCUGCAGAGCCCAUCCUGGGACAGAAUGUGUCAGGAGCUUCUAAUGCUGCCACUCCUCCUAACCCUCCCUCAAAGGCGAAUGGACUGCUUAGCUCAGACUACUAUCUUCAGCUUGCCGAGAGACUUUUGACCGCAGCAAAGCCUACAUCGAACCAGAAGGCAAAGAGCCAAGGCCCAUAUGAGGGAGUACCUGUGACGUAUCUCUUAGAGAAGCUUCUCGUUCAUCGAGCAAGCAAAGCUACAGGAAAUGUACUGGCUUUUGUCGACAAUGAUCGCUGGCUCAGCAUCAUUGCCUUUUAUGAAGAAGAGAUUGGCGUUCAGUAUCCCUUUCUCAAUCUCGAAGAGUUGAAGCGCCGAAUCACAGAAAUUGAUAAUACACAGAACAUGAAAGAUGAGCAAUCGCCCUCUGACACUAGGCCUAGCCGUAGCCAGGUCGAGAACAUUGCGAUACAUAUCCUGGCUAUCAUUUCCAUCUUCGCCGAUGCGCGUGCGAUUGGCAUAGCAAAUCCAUGGGUUGAAGAAGUAUAUGCAGCAACAGUUGCAAGGACUCAACUUCAAAGUACCGUCGAUGCCGCCGAUCUAUGUCUUCUUAUUCUUGCCGCCAUGUUCUUCUUUCAUAGCGAUCGAGAAGUCCUUGCCUGGAGAGGGAUUGGUAACGUUCUACGGCUUCUUCAAGAAAAUGGCUCUCGGAACUCGGGAGACCUGAGUCUUCAUAUGGGGAGCCAGAUUGCUUCACCUGGGGAAAAGUUAUACUGGUGUGUCUAUACACUUGAUCGACGCUGGAGCUUUGGGACAGAUUUACCAUUCGCCGUUCAUGAUACUGAGAUCGACCGACAUCCUAUGCUAGAUAACGACUCACCCUCGUCAUCCUACGUGAUGAGCAUGGUAUCUUAUUGUCGAAUAUCCUCAGAUGUGAGAAAAUGGCUACUGGAGCCAAUAUCUGGCUCUGCAUCUGACAUGACUCGCGAUUUCCUUGACUUUCGCGUGGUCCAAUGGAAGCGUAAUUUGCCAAUUAAGCUUCAUUACGAUGGCUUCAAAAAGUAUGAUCCAGCAAGGGUCGAUCGCGGAGAAUAUAGGAUUCGUCUCCUCCUCUACUUGAGAGCCAAUCAAAUGAGGAUUAUUAUACACAGGACGUCGGCAAAUCGCCUCGCAUCAAAUAAUCUCGACCCAUCUACAGUUAACGUCCUGGCUGAAGUGUCUCACGACACCAUUCGGACUCUAGUCCGACUGGCCGACGAAACCGACAUCUAUCACGCACAACAUAAAACAUACAACCAUUUCCUUGAAUCUGCUCUCUCAUCGAUGCUGCUUGUCUUGGGAAGCAUUAACGAUGAUGCCAAUCGAGCUUCGUGCCUUCAAGAUGCCUUUGAUGCCGUGGAGCUGAUUCAGCGACUCUCACUGACAUCACCCGUUUCGCAACGUCUCUUGGAACGAUUGCGUAACAUACACGAGGCUAUGGACAGUUUUCGAGCCAGAGGUAGCAGAGCAACGUCGCAGAUUUCCUCGAGUUUCGAUGCACAAAAUCCAUAUAGCCCUGAUCGGUCCAUGGGGUUUGCACGGCUUGACGUAGAUCAGAGCCAAGGCAAUGGCUCAAGGACCAACAUCGACUUGGCGAGAUCAUCCGAACAGUCACUGGCAAUUUCUUCAUUGACUGGUCGUGACGUGGGUGAAAGAGAUCAUCAACCACGCGGUAUCAUGGGAUUUUCCUUGGAUUCCAACCAGGCAAUGGCCUCGCCGUCUCAGUCUUACCCCCAAACAUCGUCCGCUGACAUUGCGACUCUUUCAACAGACAUGUCGCACUCAAGACGUGGAUUUGACAUGUCUGGCUCAAUUCUUAAUCUAGCUCAGGAUUUGCCCUUUAUGAAUUUUCCUGAGCUGGGCCAAUUUCUGGAUGACAACCCAGUUAGUUUUACAUUUUAG